GAUUGGUAAAGUGGAAGUGCAGUACCCAUUCAAAUCCUGUACUGUACAGACUCUGAAAUGAGUCCACAUUUCAAAUAGUUUUGAAAAUGGUGUGGUAAACAUGCCCCUUUUUGCAGAUUUUGAAAAAAUGUGUUUUGAUGUAUCCAUUUUCAUUUUUUGCAUGAGCCCACUAAAAUCCUCUGUGUGCAGACACAGUAUGUACACUAGAGGGCGCCAAACAGUUUUCAAACUGGUUAACUUGAGAAAGCCGAGCCACUCAUGUUGGUCACCAGACAUUUGCAGAACCUUUCUCCACCCAAAAAACUCAUGCAUGGGUUUCCUUGUUUGACAUUGACACCGAAAGGCGGCCGAUCAAGAGUUGCCAUUAUUCCGAGUAUGGGACAACACAGUGCUCAUAGCCAGUCUGCUGGGCCCGAUGCCAUGCUUCCCAAUUGCCGGCCGGCCGGCCGGCCCCUUGGCACUUGGGUUGGCAUCCGUGUGCUGUGUCCACAUCCCAGCAACAGCGUCAGUGAUUUGGGCUGGCUCCCUCAGGUCCCCGGCCAAUCAUACACAGACAGAGGCAAAUCAUUCCAGAGACUAAAUCUGCAGACUUAAUCCAUGAGAGCCUUCAUCCCUCCUCUUUGACAUACACUGGUGAUGACCAGUGAUGACAUUUUACACUCCUGCACAAACGCCCGCACUUGCCAUACAUAAUAGGUGCCAUAGCGCUUCCUUCAUCAAUUCCUUGAGUUUUCUUAACAAAAAGCAAGCGGCCAGCAGCAUGAGUCUGAAACAAGCCUGCAUCUUCCUCAGAGGCGGCAAACAGAGACAAAGAUCUCUGACUCCUGAUGAGGUAGAAGAGUUACGUGUGGCUUUUGUGGAGUUUGACAAAGAUAAAGAUGGCUUCAUCAGCUGCAAAGAUUUGGGCAACCUGAUGAGGACAAUGGGUUACAUGCCAACGGAAAUGGAGUUGAUAGAAUUAAGCCAAAACAUCAACAUGAAUUUGGGGGGGCGUGUGGACUUGGAGGACUUUGUAGAAAUAAUGACCCCCAAACUCCUGGCUGAAACGGCAGGCAUGAUUGGCCUAAAAGAACUUAAAGAAGCUUUCAGAGAGUUUGAUGUCGACGGCGACGGUUCCAUCACGUCCGACGAGCUGAGGAACGCCAUGCUCAAGUUGCUGGGUGAGCAAGCCAGCAAAAAAGAAAUUGACGCCGUGGUGAACGAAGUGGACAACAAUGGGGAUGGGACUGUUGACUUUGAGGAAUUUGUGCAAAUGAUGUCACAGAAAUGAAGACAACAAACAACUGCGGAUUCAUUUUUCCCCCCUUUAGCCUGCUUCCUUUCCCCUCAUGUGCUGAAUCAUUUGUAUACAUCGAUUUAAAAGAAAAAUUGUAAAUAUAUCCAAAUAUAUUUGAUUACAGACUUUUAAGGGAGGAUAACAUCAAGUUUCGUAUGAGAAAAAGUCAUCAAAUAUUUGAUCAAUUUUGGGGUCUUACACUGAGAAAAAAAUAAAUAAACAAAAAGUCAAAUGAAUGCAUGAUGCUUUUGAUGCAAAAAAAAAAACCUCCCUUUUGAUCCUGUUGUGUGAUCAUCGAGCUCAUAUAGAAGCAAUUGAAUGAAUACUUUUCCAUUUAAAGGUGAAAAUGAAGCAUUCCCAUUUGCGAUCAUGUCUCACAAUAUAUAAAGUAUGUGAGGAAUAAUCUGUCACUCAGGCCGAGAUUAGAUCUGGCUGCCUUCCUUGCGUGCGUAAUCCUCAGACUGGGACCCCCGACAUGAACAGAUGGCAGAUAAGACAAAAUAACCUCACUAAUUCUCAAACACUGCCUGUCAAAUGUAACCAAAAAGAAGGUUUAAUCGUUUCAAAAUAUGGAGUUAUCUCUUUUAUGUUCUUAUUAUGUUUGUCAGCUAUGUAGUAAAUAAAAACAAAAUCCAAAAAGCA